GCCUUCUGUCCCUCUCCCGACGCAAUGCAAUGCAACCAUCCUCCAUGCAUCCCCGUUUAUCACUGCUUAUGCCUUUCUUGAGCCGAUACUGCACGUCAGCCCCUCUCAAUACCCCGAUACUUACUCUUGUCCUUUCUCUUGCUUACAGAUCUCUCUCGCCUUUUGCGGAAUACUAUAAAACCCUCUAUUGACCCCCCACCAUGGCCUCCAGGAUCGCCACCCGUCGCUUGCUCUCGCCCUUUUCCCGAGCUCAAUUCCAGCGACCUUCUUUUAUCCGCACAAUGGCCACUUCAGAAGUUCGCCGCGCGUAUGAGUUUCUGGUCAUCCUCCCAGACAAGCCUGGCCCCGAGGCGCGGAAGAGGCGUCUCGAAGUGAGAGCUCAGCACUUCAAAGACAUGACUCCUACCCUUGAGGGAGGCAAGCUAAAAAUGGGCGGUGCCAUUCUGCAUGACGUUCCUGUUAAUGACGAAGCCGAAAACAUGGAUUUUGCUGGCUCCGUCAUGAUUUUGGUUGCAGAGUCUGCAGAGGAAGCUAAAAACAUGCUCAAGGACGAUAUCUACGUCAAGGCAGAUGUAUGGGAUUUUGAAAAGACCCAAAUCUAUCCCCUAAAGUGCGGAUUCAGAUUCCCCUUACAAUGAAGGAAAGCGAAGCAUUAUAUAGAUAGCAAGGGUCGUGAUCGAUUCAUCUGAUCAAACGGAAAAAAAAAAAAAAGUAAAUGCCAUCAAAGCAGAUUAAUAGUGAUGUAUCCGAUGUCCCCGUUGGCCAUCAUCCCAUCAGCAUAGCUGAUCAGACACCAUCGCUGGACGGCCCCCAUGUCUUCCAGACCCUUAAGAAACCCCAAUGCAAAAUGAUAAAAGGGAAAGAAGAAGAAAGAUUACACUAAACUCCCCAAAAAGCGACCCAACUAAGACUGACUUUUAAAAAAGUGUCAGAAAAAUAAUAGGCCCCAAAGAGUCCAUUUCUUCAAGCCGCCAUACGGAAUGAACGGUUUGUGCCCCAAGUACCAUUUAAUUGCCAUCAACAGAAGCCGCUGUUGCCUCUUCUGCUGCGACUCUCAAAUCGUAGCUGAGGUCGAAACACUCAGCAAGGAGCUC